UCCACAAAACAUGGGAUCCUUAUCACUCCAAGAACAAACCCUUGUGCAUGACCUCAAGGUCACCAUUCUAAGCUCCACAAAACUCUACCCUUCAGAGAAACAAGAAAGAAGGUCCAUGUUCCUCUCAAACAUAGACCAAGUCCUAGACUUCAACGUUCAUACAGUUCAUUUCUUCAAGAAAAAUACAAAAUUUUCGAUCGAAAAUGUCGUCGAAAAGCUCAAGUUGGCCUUAGAAAAAUUGUUAGUAGCUUAUGAUUUUUUGGCAGGUAGAUUAACUUUUAACAAUGGUGAAGGAAGGUUGGAGAUUGAUUGUAAUGGUGAAGGUGUGAGAUUUAUAGUUGGUUCAAGUGAGCUUUGUCUUGAAGAUCUUGGUGAGCUUGAUUACCCAAAUCCGGCUUUUAAACAACUUGCAGCGGAGCAAGCGUUUGAUGAUUGUGUUGAGGAGAAGUUAGACCAACCUCUCUGUGUUUUUCAGGUGACAUCCUUCAAAUGUGGAGGCUUUGCAAUGGGAGUAUGCAACAACCAUUGCACAUUCGAUGGAAUAAGUUUCCAAACAUUCUUGAUAAACCUCGCCGCCAUCGCCGCCGGCAAGCCUCUCGCCGUGCCGCCAUGCAACGACCGCCAUCUCCUCGCCGCCCGUUCUCCUCCCACCGUCAAAUUCCCCCACCCUGAACUCAUUAAACUCCAACCCUCCUCUAACCCCAACUCUUCCAUGAUCACAUGCACCAACACGAACCUCAAGCUCAAUCACAAGCUCUUCCACUUAACCUCAAAAGACAUAUCUACCCUCAAACAAAAAGCUCAAGGUUGCAAAUACACCAUCACUAGCUUCAAUGUAAUGGCAGCUCAUCUAUGGAGAUGCAAAGCAUUAGUAUCAAAUACAAUGAAGCUCAGUACUGAUGAAACAAGCAUGCUUUUUGCUGUAAAUCUCCGGCCAAGGCUGAAGCCACCUUUGCCACAGUCUUACACUGGCAAUGCAGUGUUAAGUGCUUGGUGUUCAACCACAAACAAAGCAUUGAAAGAAGGGAGUUUUAAAGAAGUGGUUGAAGUGGUGUGUGAAGGAGGAAGGAGAAUGGAUGAUGAGUAUGCAAGGUCAGUGAUAGAUUGGGGGGAGUUGUAUAAAGGGUUUCCAAAAGGAGAUGUGUUUGUGUCUUCAUGGUGGAAAUUAGGGUUUGAGGAAGUGGUUUAUCCAUGGGGGAAGCCUGUUUAUAGUUGCCCUGUGGUUGUGCCAAGCCAGGAUAUUACUGUGGUUUUUCCUGCCAUUGGAGGGGUUGAUGAAGGUGUUAAUGUUUUGGUUGCUCUUCCUUGUGAGCUCAUGGAUCACUAUUCCACUCUCUUUUAUGAGUUCCUUCACUAAAUAUAUAUAUAUGUGUGUGUGUGUGUGUGAAAAGGGUGUUGUAUGAGUGAGUUAUAUUGUGAUGUAACAAAAGGAACCUUUUAUGUGGAAAAGACUUAUAUAUCAAUAUUUAUG